ACCAGUUUCAUAUAUUCUAAAAUUGCUCUAAUUUUGUCAAUCACACAUAACAUUCGUCAUCUUCUUGUCUCUCUGCAUUCAAGAUCACAAGGUAAAGAUGUUUCGAAUCAAGGACCCCAAAGUGAGCCUUGAUUUUUAUUCUCGUGUCUUGGGCACGUAUUUGCUUAAGAGAUUGGAUUUUCUGGAGAUGAAGUUCAGCCUAUACUUUAUGGGCUACGAGGAUACGACAAAAGCUCCAAGUAAUCCAGUUGAAAGAACGGUUUGGACCUUUUCUCAGAAGGCUACAAUGGAACUAACAGAUAAUUGGGGUACUGAAAAUGAUCCAGAGUUCAAAGGGUACCACAAUGGCAAUUCUGAACCUCUUGGCUAUGGACACAUUGGCAUAGCUGUUGAUGACACAUACAAGGCAUGUGAAAGAUUUCAGAAUCUGGGAGUUGAGUUUGUUACGAAACCAGAUGAUGGGGAAAUAAAAGGUUUAGCAUUUAUUAAGGAUCCUGAUGGAUACUGGAUUGAACUCUUUGAUCUAAAAAUAUUAGGAGGUGAACAAGCUGCUGCUCAUGCUUAAAGAUAACACCUUCAGUUGACUAUUCUUUGGAGCAAUCCUUUUAUGAAGAUUUUAAGUGAGUAAAUUGGCGUGUCACUCCACUUAGUAAAAACGAGGAUGCAAACGCAAGAAGUUCCUUUAAAGUGAGUUUAUUCUAAAGGUAAAUCGUACACCCCUUUGAUCAUGCAAUGUUUAUAAAAAUAAACAAAAAACUAGCACAUUAAGUUUAUGCUAAUUUAUUAUUUUAUUAGAAAAAUUAUUAAGUUAGAGAAUUAUUAGAAAUACGAAAAACUUGUCCUCCUCUCUAUUUCCAUCCAAAAUCCAAUUCCCAAACACAUCAUAGUGGAUUAAGAUCGUGUUGCACUUUAUUAACAAUAGAUGUAUGAUUACACAUAAAGUCUUACACACUUGCUUACUUUAGAAUUAGAAGCAAGCUCACUUUAGAAUAAUCCUUUUCCAUGUAAACACUUGUUUGCAACUAGAGAUGACAAAAUGUAUCUAGAUUCCGCAGACAUCUACAAAAAUAUUUACAAGCUGAACGGAACAGAUAAUUAUCUAUAAUAUUGAAGCUAAGUAUGAGAUAAAUAUAUACACACAAAUUUAUGUGAAUAUGGAUGUGGGUAGUGGGUACCAGUACGGGUUGCACAUAUCAUAUAUAAUUAAUAUAUGUUACAAAAUAGUAAUUAAUAUAUUAUCUGUGCGAGUAUGGGAGGGUACUGAUAUUAUUUUUUAAUGUAAAU